GAUGGUGUCAAGAUUUUUGUAAACAAGAUACUAACUUUAAAUUGUGUUAGUUGGUUAUGUACAAUACUCCUGUUUUCGAUCUUUAAAAAUGUAGGAGCAGGUGAAAGAACGGAAUAUUUUGUUUUUUGAGACCAAGACCUUUCCUCCUCAAGACAAACACUCUAUGAUAGUGUUGUUCUUUGGAUAAUUUUUACGACAAUCUUGGAAUGGGGAUUUGUAUAUGUAAAGAACAAUCAAUUUCCCACUCAGAGUCCCGAAAUGAAAGAAGACAUCGUCAUAGGGGCCAAUCUUCAAUUAGUUCAAUUUCUGAAGCAGUGGAUAGAGGAGAUAAUUUGUUUCCUGAAGUUCCUGAAAUCAACUGGGAUCCUUUAGCAGGUUUUGGGGAACUGUCACCUGUAGUGGACAAGCUAGUACUGGAAACACUUGCUGUGAUGAGAAUACUAGUAGACAAUGAUCAGGAGCCACCUCCAUCAAUGAUGAAAUUACGCUACAUAGCAGACAAAGAGAUUGGCUGGCUUGCUGUUGUCCAUUCAAUGGUCAAUGUAAUUCCUAUGGAUGAUCCUCUAGGUCCUGCAGUUAUUAUCUUGCUGUUGGAUGAUUGUCCAUUACCUACCAAGGAGUCCAUUAUUAGUUUGUCAGAGAUGUUCAACUUAUCUGAAGAGGCAGCCAGUGAAGGGAAGAAUGAGCCGAGAAGGCAUCGAAAUAUUUGUGUGGUUUUGGGUUGUAUUGCAGAAAAACUAGCUGGGCCUAGUAGUGUGUCCCUUCUUACAAAAGAAAUUUUGGAAUAUUUAAUUAAAAACCUGGUAUCUGAUUUUAACACGUUUGUCACACUUUUUUCCUUGAUUGCCUUAGAAAAAUUUGCUCAAACAAGUGAAAAUAAGUUAACAAUCAACAAAUACCUUUCAUCUCUGCCCCAGAACCCCUUACUUUUACUAGAGAAGUGGGUAGAUAGUGAAGACUAUGUAAAGAAGCAAGUAGGAUUUUGUGCUGAGUGGUGUUUGGACAACUUGUUUCUGAAAGAGGGCAGGCCUUAUGCUUACGAAAACACAAAUCGUAUAAAUAUAAAUGCUUUGCUCAACAGUAAUGAUGUUAGUGAGUAUUUGAAGAUUUCAGCAGAUGGGCUUAUGGCUCGAUGUGAUGCGUCUUCAUUUGAAAGUGUAAGGUGCACAUUUCAAGUUGAUUCAGGGGUGUGGUUUUAUGAAGUUACCAUAGUUACAUCAGGUGUGAUGCAGAUAGGAUGGGCCACCAAAGACAGCAAGUUUCUAAAUCAUGAAGGGUAUGGCAUAGGAGAUGAUGAGUUUUCCAUUGCUUAUGAUGGCUGUCGACAGUUAAUAUGGUACAGUGCUUUUAGUACAGCUCAUACGCACCGCUGCUGGAAGCCAGGUGAUAUUUUGGGUACACUAUUAGAUCUGGAAUCCUUCCAAAUAAUUUUCUAUUUGAAUGGUAACCCUCUUUCUCCAUGCAUGGAUGUCUUUCAAAGUGCCAGGUCUGGUUUCUUUGCUGCAGCCAGUUUCAUGUCAUUUCAGCAGUGUGAAUUCAAUUUUGGUCACAAACCAUUUAGGUACCCACCCCUAGGGGUUAGCUUUCAAGUGUUUAAUAACUAUGCCAAACUUGCAGAUGAGGAUAAAGUCAUUCUACCAAAGCAUAUACGUUUAGAACGGUUGAGACAAAGUAGUGUCAAAGAAGACUCCUGUACUCUAUGUUUUGAUGGGAAAGCGACAGUGAGGCUUGAACCUUGUGAUCACAGAGGUUUUUGUUUGCACUGUGCACUUCAGCUGGAAGUAUGUCCAAUGUGUAGAAGCCCCAUCCAAGAACGUGCUGAAAUGAGUUGAUAAAAGGUCUUCAGAUCUCAGCUAACCAAAAUGGUGCUACAAAGAACAGCGUUCAUCCAUUUUACCAAGUUAAGUUGAUGCUGAGUAACAGGAGUUAGGCAUUUUAUGCAAGUAAAUAUAAAAAAGAAUUGAACAUAAUUCCACUUCCAUUAUCUGUACAAGCAUGAGAUAUUGGUUUGUCGUGUAGAACUAUUUUUGGUAAAAACACAAUAUCUCACAUAACCAUACUUGUAUUACAAAGACAAUAUUUAUUUGUGGCUUCAAUAAAGAUACUAAACUUGAUGUAAUUUAAAUAAUAAAAAAAUAUAGCUUUUUUUGUUGAGGCUAUCUACCACAUUUUUUUAUCUGCUAUCUUAGUGAAAAAAAAAAAGAGACAUUAUAUGAAGUUAAUUCCUCUGCCAAAACAAAUUCACAGCCACUUGUAUUACUCUCUUGGUAAUGAUGGGAAUCGGACCCAACCCUGCCAAGCAGAGAGUAAUGAAAAUUUUCUAGCCAUUGUGGUGUAAUACUACUUUGCAUUUCCUAUUUUUUAAUUUUUUAGGAAAGACAUUAGAAUUAUGUUAAAAACCAGCAGUGCUAUUUGUAAAAGUAUAUUAAUAGACACUUUUUCAUAUUUUGUCAGUAUAUCUUCAAAAAAACAUAAAACUUUGAACAUAUAUAUACAUAUGUUAGCAUGGUUAUAUAUAAUACUUGUUUGCUUUUUCUUAAAUUUCAAAGGGGGCAGUUUUUCUGGGUAUUAAUGGGUAGAUUUUACAAAAAUAAUAAUAAAGCAAAAGGCAGAGUAUAAUAAAAUUUUCUAAAUUACUGACUCCAAAUUCAAGUGUAUGCUUCUCAGAAAGGUGGAAUAUUUUUCAACAAGAAAAAAAAAAGGUAGUUAUUUUUUUCUGAGUUACAUCGCCAGUGUUGAACCUUACUAGUUUAAAUGUGCAAAUUCAGAAGCGGAACUUGUAUCAUAGUUGUAUUAUACAUUGUAACUAAUUGCUGCAAAGAGUGUGAUAAGGAUUGUUGUUAAUGUUUGUAUAGUAGAGAGAGAGAGAAAGUGUGUAUUUAAUUUUAGCGAGGGUUUUGUGAAAGCUGUUCUUAGUAUUUUUCCAUAUAAGCUUAUUUAAUUAAUUAUUUAUAAAUGUUAAAAAUACUUUGUGCUGUAAUCCUGGCUUCCUAUUGGUUCAAUCAAGUCUUUAUUACCAGUACUACUACUAUUACUCAAAUUCUGUAAACUCUGAUAGAUCUGUACUUUGAAUACUUGAUCAUGUUAUUUAUAUAUACUAAUAUAUAUAUGUGUAUAUAUAUAUUAUUAUUUCAUCCAAGAGAGAAUUAGUUGUGGCAUACUCUUCCCUUAUUUCAUGUGUUACUGUUUUAUGAUGUGUUAAUUUCAUUAGCCAGAGCACCUGUUUGUAAAGGUAAGUGUUGCAUGCAGGACUAGCUAUUUAUGAUGUUCAACAGAUAAUCUUUGAAACGACAUUUUCCACAGAAUGACUUAUGUAAAAGAUAUUAUUCUAUCAAGAUUAGGAUGAUAAGGAUAAGAUUGGAUUUGCUAAUGCAUGUUUAUCUAAACUGAGAAAGAAUUUUUGUCAUUAGACCUAUCAAUGGUAUAUACUGAUCUGAGUAAUGGUUACAGGAUGACGAAAUUAGUGUUUUUUGUUGUUUAAAGUGAAACACUCAGUCAGGAUUAAGUUGACUGUGUUGGCAUCAGAUUAGAAACCCAAUAACCUGAGUGUUUUCAAAAGCACAAGAGUUAACUUAUCCAUGUUAUCUAUUGAUUUGAACCAGUACAGAACUAAAAUUAUUGGUGUUGCAUGAUUUAAGUAUUUACACUGAAAGUGUAAUUAGAUUUUUCCAUGUUCUAAAGCAGUUUUGUAUCAGUAAAAUGCUUCAAAAUUGGGCUUAUCAGUGCUGUUUUUGGUUAGUACUGGCACAGUGAGUAAAGAUGUAGAAUCCUUGGUGUACAUCCUUCAACAUAUUGAGUUUAGAAUUAAACUUGAUAAUGUUGCUGAUGCGUCUCUACUUGUACAGGGAGAACAGAAUUAAUUUCUCAGUGCACAUCCUUCAUGUCUAAUAUAUUGAGUGUAGGGUUGAACUUGUCAGUGGUUCUGGUUGUUUAAUACUAGUAAAGGGACAACAGAAUUAAUUUCUCAGUGCACAUCCUUCAUACCUAAUAUAUUGAGUGUAGGGUUGAACUUGUCAGUGGUUUUUGGUUGUUUAAUACUAGUACAGGGACAACAUAAUUAAUUUCUCAGUGCACAUCCUUCAUGGCUAUCAUAUUGAGUGUAAGGUUGAACUUGUCAAUGGUGCUGGUUGUUCAGCACUAGUGAAGGAAAUACAGCUUAGAUUUCUCAGCAUACAUCCUUUAUGGCUAAUAUAUUGAGUGUGGGGUUAAACUUGUUAGUGGUGCUGGUUGUUUAAUACUAGUACAGGGAGAAAAAUUAAUUUCUCUGUACAUAUCCUUCAUGGCUAACAUAUUGAGUGCAGAGUUGAACUUGUUAUUGGUGAUUGUUGAUUUGUAUUAGUACAGGAAGAACAGAAUUAAUUUCUCGGUGCACAUCCUUCAUGGCUAUCAUGUUGAGUGUAAGGUCAAACUUGUCAGUGGUGCUGGUUGUUCAGCACUAGUAAAGGAAAAUCAGCUUAGAUUUCUAAACAUACAUCCUUCAUGCUUUGAGUGUAGGUUUGAACUUGUAAGUAUUGUUAGUUGGUCUGUACUGGUACACUAGUAACAGAGAUUUCUUAGUAGUUGAUAAUCAUGGCUAACAUAUAGAGUGUAGAUUUUAACCUGACAGUGUUGUUUGUUGGUUUGUACUUGUACAGUGAAAACAGGCUUAGCUUUCUUCAUUCAGACCCCUUGUGGUCAAGAUAUUGAAAGUGGAUAUAUAUUUUUUAAUUGUCAGUGUCACUGGUUGGUCUGCUAGUAUAUUGAGAACAAGCUUAUAUCUCUCAGUUAAAUCUUCCAUAGCUGCCCCCAGUGGCUCAAUAGUAAGUCUGAGGACUUAUGAAGCUAAAAAUUGGGUUUUGAUACUCAUGGUUGGCACAGUACAGAUAAAUCACUGUGUAGCUGUGUGCUUAACAACAAAUAAACAAAUCUUCCAUGGCUAACAUAUUGCGUGCAGGUUUUGACGUGUUAGUGUUAUUCAUCUAACCCAUUAAGACAAGGUAUGUUUCUGGUAUGGUAAUAUCAACAUACAAUGUUAUAUUAAUGUCAUAAUCAGUGUUAAAACUGAAGAAUGAUAGAAGAUUAAGAUUAGUUCAUAUUCUUUGAAUGUUACAAAGUACUUAUGGUAUUAAUCACAACUAUGUUCUUUUAUAUUACAUCUCUCUGGUUAUUUUUAACUUUAAAACACAAAAAAAAAAGAUGCACACUAAACUCAUAUAGUGAAAAGUAACUGUUAUUUUGUCACAAUCAUCUCUUGUAUAAUUAGAAGCUCAUUUGUAUAUAAAUUUCUUUUGUCAUUUUUUUUCACAAGAACCAUAACAUUAAGUAAUGUUGCCACAAAUAAUAUUUUCAAACCGACCUUGUAGUGAUUCUAAAAGAAUAAAGCCAGAUAGUUUUAAGCUGUCAUGGUUAUUUUAUAAUUUUCUAUGCUUUAGUAAAAAAAAAACAUCCCAUUUCAUUCUUUUGUUCACAAUUGAUUUAAUAUUUUAUCACCGUAUAUAUAUUUUAAGAAUUAUUCAUCACAGUGGCUAUAUUUUCAGCUGCCAGUUUUUGUGCUCAUAUUCUAUGGUGAUUUCAUUGUUUUACAACAAAAUCCUAAAUGAGCUUUGUUUUUUUACUAUUAAAUUCCUGUUGUACAUAAUCUUUGUGAACCCUAUUGAGUGUAUUCUACAUGUAGAAAAACUAGAAUGUAGCACAGUUGAACUGCUGUUUCCUCAUGGAUAAAGCAGAGAUAAUCAGAUUUCAGGAAAGUUUUUAAGAUUCUAAAGUAUGGUUUAGACAAUGAAGGUGUUAGGUAUAAUGUACCUAAUUUUAGUACAAUAACCAAGUAUAAGUUUUAUAUGGUACAACUACAGUUGAAAGAAAACAAUUAACAAAUAAAAUGACAAUACUAAAUAAUUUGGAUCUGUGUAACAUACGAAUGUGUAUGUUGUUUAAUAAGUUUCUCUUUCAAUGAGGUGCCAUAAAUGUAAUUUGUGUUUAACACUUCCUGUUAUAAGUGCAGAGGCUCUAAAUACAAUAAAACUAUUUAUAUUGUAUGUGUCUUAUACCAAGUACUUUAAAUAUAUCUAAUUGUAUUGAAAAGGGGUAUUUUAUAUGACAGCUAUUACAUAAGAUUAUCAAUUCACCAGCAGAAUUUUCAAAAUUUAGUUUACUUAGUUUCCUGUAAAAAUUGAUAAUUCUUUUUUAAAUUAUUAAAUGAUUAGCAAUUUGAGUUCACACUUUAUGCAGUGAAGUUAACUAAAAUCAGUCUGAGCACAUAUGAAAAUGUCUAUUUUUGAGCUGGAAAUUAAGUUAAGAUUUUUUUUUUUUUGAGAAAAUUCUUAGGAACGUGAAUCCAAUUACAAUCAGUGUAUAAGAAAGAAGUAAAAACCUGUUUAAGUGCAAGCAUGAUGAAUUGUUUGAAAAGUAUAAAAAGCUUUGUGAUCUUUUCAUUAAAAAAGUAAAAAUGUUCUUUGUGAAGUGCCAAUUUUUGUGUAUUAUUCCAAAUACGCACAUAUAUAAAAACAUCACUUUGAUCAAUCACAUGUACCAUGUUUUUCAUGUUGAGAAUUAUAGUUCUGGUAUAAUCUAUAUCCUAAGUCAGUUUGAGAGAAGUAGAAAAAAAACAAUACCAAAUAGUAUUAAGAUAGAUUACACUAUUUAGAAUCCCAAUUAUGUAAAACAACAAUAUUCUAGGUUUUUUAUAUACACUAAAAAGAAUGUUGAAUUUUAGUGCUUGUUUUGAUUAUUUCUGUUACCAGGGCAUAAAGUUUUCAUCCCUAAAAAUUGAUACUAAUAAAAGUCUUUAAUCCA